UGUCAUGUGGAAGAGAGACAAGAGUAAGAAAGUGUAUGUCGGUCGACGUCAAGUGUGCAGCAGUCAGACGACCAUCUUUAGUCCAUCUGCAUUUUGCAUGUUUCAGUCUAAAGUUUGCACUACAUUAGAUAAGAAAGCACAGUUGUGGAGGAAUGGAUUGAUUGCAUCAUGAGGUGAGGAAGCUGAAUUUCAUGUCGAAUGUGUAGUUGCCAUGGUAGAUCCUGUUCGUUCUGUCGACUUUGUAUGUCGUGGAGGUAAGGCAACAGAAGCAGAAUGCGUUUCCUUGAUCGACACUGUCAUGUUUCUUUGGAGAGAUAUGUUAGACAGAUACAGUCCAGGCACUGAAUAUGAGACUGAAUAUCUGAGCAGAAAGCAUUUAGAGGAACACAAAGAACUGAAACAAGUUGCUGUUUACUCAGAGGAGGAAAUCAAGGAAGCAAAGGCAACGGGAAAAGAAGCAAAAGCUGCUGUAAAACAAGUAGUUGGUGAUGAGCGAGUGGUAGAAAGUCUUGCUGAUCUGCUAGUUCUUCUCCCUUCCAAACAAGCAACUCCACUUUCUCCCAGUCCAGUUGUGAAGGCUGUUAUUGAGUAUGGUGUAGAUCAAUGGCAUUCAUUUGCAGAAAGAUUAGGUUUUAAUUUCUCUCAGAUUAAUGCCAUGUCUUUUGACAAAGUGUCUUCUGCUGAUAAAUUAUCUGCAAUUAUUCACGUGAAGACUGAGGAAGUUGGUGAUAUGAAGAAGAUGGAUGAUCUGCUACUGCAGGCAUGUGCACAGUUGCCAGAUCCCAUUCAUGCAGCAGUCAAGAGAAGCUUGUCAUCUUCCCAAUAUGAUCGUAGCUCAUAAGUGUGAUCGUUAUAUAAACAUUAUAGUCUCAUAAAUUGGCAUAAUGUCUGUGUUGGUGUGGAGAGUGUGAAUUUUGUGUAUUUGCUAGCAAUCAUAGUGACACUUGGUGUAAACAGAAUUUCAUGUCAUCAUCAGACAUCAUGCUAAUACAUGUAUUGUUAUAUUUACAGUAUUUAUUGAUACAAAUACAGCGUGUAGAAGUAAUUGUCAAUAAUAAAACUGAACAUUGAUGAUC